ACUAUGGUCCGAACAAUAAUGAUACAAGCAUAGACUUAUAGAAAUAGACGGAACAUUAGGUAUGAUAACGCAUUACGCAUGCAAUUGUCCUCGUGAUCGGGCACUGUUAGAGCUAUGUAAUUCGCUGUCCUCGGAGCAGAGGACACUUCUCUCACUCUUAUGAUAAAACUCAUGCUAUCUCUCUUAAUCCGUUUGGCAUGACCACGCCUCCCAGUCCUCGGGCCUAAUGUUCCGUCUAUGGAUACAAGUCGAAUUCAAAUGAUUCCGCCGUAGUGCAAUCGUAACGCUUUUUAUCCUUGACACUUGUGGAAUUUGGUUUUCACAAUAUGGCUACACUGUCCAAAACAAGCGUCCAAGCGUCACUUAUGACGCCCGACAUCCGACGCGGGUUCGACUCGUAGUAUACUAGGUAGUAUACCACAAGAUAUUUCUCGUAGUAAAUCAGUAGUUCGAGUAAUUGCUAAUGUUUAGUGACAGAAUAAUUUGUUUGUAUUAAGUGUUUGGCUAAAUAAUUAAUAGAUACAUAUUUUAUGACGUUCAAACUUUCAUUUUUAAUAAUUAAUAUAUUAUCUCAUGAAAUUAGUGAAAAACAAAUCUAAUCAAUAUAAGAAGUUUUAUUUUUCUUGUUAUCUGAAUUGUUAAAUUGGUUUUGACGAGUUUGCUUCUAUAUUAAUAUUAUUUUCACUUUAUUUUUGAUAAUAUCUAACACCACAUCUUAAAAAUGCCUAAGUGCAUAAUGUGUAGUAAUGAUUCUCUUAAAACCAGAGGUACUCUUCCUAGAGUUGUUUAUCAUUCAUUUCCUAAGAAUCCAUUAAGAAAAAAUACAUGGCUCAGAGCUAUUGGAAUUGAUCAUUGUGACGAUGGGCAACGGAUAUGUAGUGAUCAUUUUUCAAUAGAAGAUUAUAGGCCAAGUAUAAAAAAGCGAAUAUUAAAUAGGAACGUUGUACCCCUGCCUUUUAAUCGAAAAUUUGUUGAAAAUUGUUUGCCCUACAGUUCCAUUGCUCAAAGUAAUAAGAACAUUCAAAUUGAAAAUAAUAAAUAUGUACCGAUCAGACAAAAUCUGUUAAGAAAGGAACGUAUUAAAAAUCAUUAUGCAUCACCAAGACGAUCAAGUAGACAAAUUAAACUUACUACAACUAAUGAAAAUAUGAUUUAUGAAAAUGUGCCGAAGAUCCGAACUGAACUAUUUGAGAAACAAAUUUCCACAGUCACUAAAACAGAUGUUGUACCAUUGUCAACAAGUACUAAGGACUACACUUUGGGAAAAGGACCACGCUGUUCUGUUAAAAAUUGCUUCAACAGGCGUUCAAAGAAUCUUAGUCUCUUUGCCUAUCCUAGUGAUUUCGUAUUGAGAAAAAUGUGGAUAGAAAAAUGUGGAUUAGAAGUAGCUUCUGCUGGAAAACUAAAAACAUAUAAAAAAGUAUGUUGUAUUCAUUUUGACCAAGAUUGUUUCAAGAAUAUUGAAAAAAAGAACAGAUUAAGACGAGGUGCUGUUCCAUCAUUAUUUUUAGGCAAUGAUAAAAUAAAAGCAAGAAAUAUUCCAUCAACAAGUUUAACAGACAAUAGUGGGUCUGCUCAUGUAAAUAAACCAACUUGUUCGUCUUCAAAUUGUAGUGCAAAUGUGAACUCAAGGUCAACAUACAAUAGUGGGUCUGUUCUUGUAAAUAAACCAUCUUGUUCGUCUUCAAAUUAUGGUGCAAAUGUGAACUCAAGGUCAACAUACAAUAGUGGGUCUGUUCAUAUAAAUAAACCAUCUUGUUCGUCAUCAAAUUAUGUUGCUCAUAUGAACAAUGGAGAAAUAAUUCCCUUGUUGGUUUAUAUUGACUCGACUACUCGUAAAACCAAGGAUUUUGAACCUUAUUGCUGUGUAUCAGGAUGUAUAACUAAUAACGAUGAAGACAUUGAUGAAGUCACCUUUUUUGCACCACCAAUGGGAUGUGUACAUAAGUGGAGUUCAAGUUUAGGUUUGCAGUUAACUGUAAAUAGUAUUCUGUGCGAAAAACAUUUCCGACCCCAAGACAUACUUUAUCCCGUGUUACUGGUAAACGGUAAAAAUAAAAUAGUAAAAUCAUUAGUACCUGAUUGUUUGCCAGUACCAGUGAAUGACCAGUUUUCAACAAAAAAAAUAAACAAUGUUCCAGGUGUGUAAAAUAUUCUUACUAAAAUACAUUUCAACUUGUGAUUUAUUCCAACAUUAUAAUCAACUACUGUACAAAUUUAUAAUUUUUCAGGUUGUACAGAUGAUACAUUGAAAUCAAUCAAUAACUUGUCUUCGUUUGAUUCAUAUGUUCAGCAAAAAUUAAAACGAAUUACAGCUAAUAAUUCAAUAUCCAUUGAGUUAGAACCAGCUAAUAAUUCUAGAGAAAUGAAAACAUCGGUCGAAAUCGUUUCAAAAAUGUCUGCUAAAAAUUCUUUGUCAAUUACAUUACAGCCAAAACCCAAACAAAACCUAUCUUCAACUCCAAAUAAUAGUUCUCUAUCCGUUAAUUUAACACAAAAAAAUUGAUGUGGGAAUUUGAAUCAGGAUUACAAUUUCCUGAUGUUCUUCCCUGUAAAAUUAUAAAUACGAUUGGGUAAAGAAAUGUAUUAUGUACCAGUAUUCUAGAAAUGGAUGCAAAAAAAUUAGGUAUUAUACUAGGAAAUCAAAAUGAAGUUGCUGCUGUUAAAAAUUGUGCCAUGGUGAUUCCAUAUAUUGAAGCUACUGCUAGUAUUCAACCUAUUACUAGGACUAUUUUAAGGAUAAAUGUUGAACUAUUUCCAAAAUUUGAAUGAAAUGAUGAGUUUCAUAGUAUAACAUCAGUUGCAUUUUGGAUUUGGGUUGAAGAUUUGGAAAAGAUUUACCGUUGGAAAUAUGUUCUUAUUACCAAAAAUCAGGUAUUGAAAAAUAUAUUAUUAUUUCCAUUCAUUUUUUGUGCAUUGUCUUAAGAUUAUGUGUAUAUUUUUAAGGUUAUUAGAAAAGAAAUACAUAAGUUGAUAUUUACCAUACUUUUAGUUGAACCAUUAAAACUAUCACAAUAUAUACUACUUUGUACUUCAGACUAAUGGUUACAUUCAACUUUCAUUACACCAUUAACUUUCCAACAUCAUUUAAUACCACAUUGCGAUGCUUCAAUGACAGAUUACUGGAACAGAAAUUUUUAGCAUUGAUCACGAAAGGGGAAAAAAAACUAUUGAGUAUAUAUUGUUGGAGUUUAUUUCACUAUUCAAGUUAUUUUUACUUAAAAUAUACGUAUAUGCCUUCAACA